AUGAGUGUAGAACAGUUGGAAGGAAAUUCAGAUUGUAGACGAGUUGAAGACAUAUCCUUGCUGUCACAUUCAAAAUCCGUGGAUGACGUUUACAUUCCCCAAGUGGCCGAAAACUGCAAACCAAAGGUUGGACAAGAGUUUGAAUCGAUAGAUGGGGCACAUGAGUUCUACAUUAAAUAUGCAAAAGAGGCGGGGUUUAGUGUUCGUAGCAGUUCGACUAAGAGAUGUAAAGGUGUGAAAGAAGUUGUCAGGAAAGAAUUUGUGUGUUUUAAGGAAGGAGUAUCUUCUAUAAAGGACGGUGAGAGAAAAAGGUGUCGGGGGAUGACAAGAGAAAAUUGUAAAGCUAAACUUGCCGUGGUUAGGUCAAAAACAGGGAAAUUUGUUAUCACUGUAUUUGUUGAAGAACAUAGUCAUCCAUUAUCAACCCCUCGAAGAGUGCAUUUAUUGAGAUCACAUCGUAGUGUGUCUGAAGCCAAGAAGUCACUAACUUUGCAGUUUUCAGCAGCAAAUGUGCCAACUCACCAACAAAUAAGCAUUCUUGAAUUUGAAGCUGGAGGUAUAGAGAAUAUUGGGUGUACAAAGAAGGAUAUAUAUAACCAUGAAGCUAAGGUGCGGAAUGAAUUAAGAGGACAAGAUGCAGAACUUUUAAAGGAAUAUUUCCUAACCGAGCAAGAAAAAGAUCCUUGCUUCUUUUUUAAAAUAGAUGUAGAUGAUGAUGGUAAAUUGAAGCGUUGUUUUUGGGCUGAUUCGGUGUCUAGAAGAGCUUAUGGAUGUUUUGGUGAUGUAGUUGUAUUUGAUACAACUUACAACACUAAUCAAUAUGGUAUGAUAUUUGCACCCUUGGUGGGGGUGAACAAUCAUGGUCAAACGGUGCUUUUUGCAUGUGCCUUUUUAAGUGAUGAAAAAACGGAAUCAUUUGUUUAG